UGGUGAUGCAAGUGCAAUCAUGUUUCCUCGUCCUUUGUGUGUCGUUGUAUUACUUGCCAGCAUCAUUAGGUCUUAUUAAGUCUCACAAUUUCAACUUUUCUUCCUACCUACUAGGUACUUUACAACUCUUGUUCUAUUUGCCUGCUUACCACCAUUGCCUGAACUUUGCUAGCUUUGCAAACCCAGCCAAAUGCCUAUUCACUGAAACAAUAUGGCAAACCAGGCAGAUUUCGAGCAGGAUACGCCCGGGAGAGAAUAUAGAAAUCCUCAUAACGCCAAACAUCCGAUACCUACCAUACAAGGAUACCGACAACAUCGAAGAGAGCUUGCUGACCAGCUAGAGGACGAAGAGCAGGCGCAACGAGGUCCGGAGGAUGUUUCAAGGCCUAAACGAGCAUUCGAGUCCGCUAAAGCAGCCAUCCGAGGUCAAGAUAUCCCAAAGUCCUCCCGCCACGAUCCAUACCCCUCUACGAACCACAACUAUGCCAAUGACACACAGUACAAAUCAGAAGAAGCUGUGGGCAGUCAUAGCGAAGGCUCUACGGAAGAGACCGUAGAUGAUGAGGGGAACAAAAAUGCAGACAAAAACCAAGAUGAUGGCAACAAAAAGAAGGGCGAACAAGAUAAAUCGGGAACAGAGGCUGUCGCCAGCGCUGUCGAUCCAAAAGAGAAACGCAAAGCAAUGAAAAAGGCCAGAAGACAUGGAGAAGGACGUGAAGUUACAGACCCAGUAACGCACCUAUCAAUUAUCAUACACGAUCAAACAGAGAAGGACCUCAAGUCGGUGCCUCAGAACCUACCAGAACCAGGUCUCCAUCAUGACACUGCCACUGGACCACAAGGCGCUUCCAAGUCAGAUGAAGAACUGCGGCUAGAGCGGGAGAAAUUGCAGCGAACAUACAACGGUAUGCAAAGGGUGUUCCCGCCGCCGGACUUUGAACACACCAAAAAGGAGCUAGCCUCUGUCUACCAACGGACGGUAUAUGCUGGCUUAACUGCGAUCGGCUCUUUAGCAGCCGUCUUACUGCCUGCCCCGGCAAUCAUCGCUAACUCGAGUCGGUGGGUUCUGCUUAACACAGGUCUGUUUGUUCUCCUAGGAGCAGCGACUGUUGUCGGCAUGGGAAAGUGGGUAAGCAAGAAAACCAGCGAGGUGUUCGAAGACGAGACUUGGAGUGCAGCGAGACGGGAGGAACAGGCUAUUUUGAGCAAUAAUGAGGAACUACCGGAAUCGACGCAAUGGCUGAAUAGCCUACUCUCGUCCAUCUGGCCGCUCGUCAACCCUGAUCUCUUUGCCUCGCUUGUCGAUCAAAUUGAGGAUAUCAUGCAGGCCUCUCUACCUAAAGUUAUUAAAAUGGUCAGUGUUGACGAUAUGGGACAAGGUAGCGAAGCUAUUCGCAUCCUCGGGGUUCGGUGGCUACCGACCGGCGCGGCUAGUCAAACUGUCAGCUCCGACGGAGAAAUUCGGGGGGACCACAAGAGCACUGGAAGUGACCGAACGGAUCCGCAAAAUCCACAAGGAAAUACUGAUAGUCAAGAGAGUGAUGCAGAGGAAACUUCAGAGCGUAAGAAUGAGGGUAAAGACCCAAAACAAGAGGAGCAGGAGCAGGUGUCCGUCAAAGAGGGGAUGGAGGCCGAGGAAGGUGACUUUGUGAACAUGGAACUUGCGCUGGCUUAUCGAAGUCGCUCAUCUGGCGAUUCAUUGAAGGCAAAGGCUAAGAACGCCCAUCUUUACCUGAAGUUUUACCUUCCUGGAGGUGUAGCUGUUCCCGUCUGGGUUGAGCUUAGGGGUCUUAUCAUGACCGUGCGGCUUCGUCUUCAGCUGACACCAGACCCUCCAUUCAUCUCGCUUUGCACCAUGACGUUUCUUGGGCAGCCCAAGGCUAGUAUUUCGUGUGUGCCUCUUUCGAAGCACUUGUCUAGUCUCACCGACAUACCAUUGAUAUCUUCCUUCGUCAAUUCUGCCAUCGAUGCUGCUCUCGCAGAAUACGUGGCACCGAAGAGCCUCACUCUUAACCUAAAGGACAUGUUGGUAGGAGAAGAUUUUAAGAAGGACACGGCUAGCUUGGGCGUUGUUUGGAUUUUUAUUAAACAGGCUCGCGGCUUCAAACAAGGCGAUGGCGGAAUUGGCCCUAUGGAAGGCUCGAGCGAUUCGUACGUUACGGUGGCCUGGGGUAAAUUCGGCAAACCAGUUGCUUCGACUCGCAUUGUCACGGACGAUGACGAGCCGAAUUGGCAUGAAUGGGCGACCAUUCUGGUAACUCCGGAAGAGGUGAAUGCUGAGGAAAAGUUAAGAUUGCAGCUCUGGGACUCAGAUAAAUGGUCCGCGGACGAUGAUCUAGGUCGAGUGGAGGUAGACUUGAAGCGUCUUAUGAAAAGCCCGAACAGGAUAUAUGAUCGCGAAGACCGCUUUGUCGGACAGGACUCCGAUGAGCCAAUGCCAGGGUCAAUAGUAUGGUCUGUUGGGUACUUCUCGAAGAUGAGGAUCACGUCGAAGGAACUUGAACAACAAACCGUUAAUGAAGAAAUAAGAACCCAUGAUCAGCUCAAACGACACGUCUCCGAAAUAUCCGAACACAAACUCCGGGAAGCGGGCAAGGCCUCGGACGAUGAAGAGCUAAAGCAGCAGAAAGCCCAGGAUUACAGGGAAAUCGAAGAGUCUAUGAUUAUUUCGGCUCCGCCUUCUACCGACUUAGUCUCAGGCAUCCUUAGUGUGCAAAUACACAAUAUCACCGGCCUCGAGGUACAGAAGCUCCAGAAGGACGAUAAGGGGGAGGGCGGUGACGAUGAGGACGAGGCAGAGCAACACGAUGACAUGCCCGACAGUUAUUGUACCAUUAUAUUGAAUCACAAAAAGAUAUAUCGAACACGGACGAAACCAAAGAACUCGAAACCAUUCUUCAACGCUGGGACAGAGCGGUUUGUUCGCGACUGGAGAGACACCGAGAUAAUUGUGAGCGUACGAGAUUCCCGAGAGCGGGAAGACGAUCCGUUGAUAGGAAUCGUUUAUCUUCCUCUUGCAAAGGUUUUUGCGAAGAAGAGCCAGAUGGUGGAGAAUCUACCUCUGGUCGGCGGCAUUGGAUUUGGACGAGUCCGCAUCAGCAUGGUUUGGCGUAGUGUAGAAAUCAAACUCCCUCCCAAUCUCCGCGGAUGGGACUACGGAACUCUGGAGAUCUGCGGACCUAUCAGGGCGAAAGAGGGCUUGCCGAAGUCACUGACAGAGCAUCGGAUCAAAUUGCGGACCAAUAUAGGGCGAGCUAAGAUGUACCCCGAAAGCGGCCAGUGGGUCUGCAAGAGCAGGAAGGAGAACGAGGCAGUGUUUUUGGCUGUCCGUAAGCGAUAUGCUUCAGCCAUGGUGAUCGAAUUCCGCGAAUCCAUUCUUGGACGCGACAAAACUGCUGCCUUCGCGGUCCUGUGGCUUCACGAUCUUGUCGACGAGGAAAAUGACACAAGGCCCCUGAAGGUGUGGAAAGGAUCAAAGGAUGGCCUUCAAAAAGCCCGAUCUUGUUGCGACUAUAAUGGCUUAGGAGAGGGCGAGCAACCCUUAGGCGAGAUUGAGCUUGAUCUAAAGUUCUGGCGCGGCCUCUCUGGAUAUCACAAGAGCUAUGCUUCUCAGGCUAAGAAUAAUGACCUGAGAGAUGUUAUGGAAUGUUUAGAUACGAUCACCGACGAGAAGCUCGACGACGAUGAGGAUGAAUCUGGAGAUGAGGCUGAUAUGGAAAGCGACGAUGACUCGGAGAACGAAGAGACUCGCAAGAAGCUUCGCGUCCAUACCAACGAUGAUUCUUCGCGCUCUAGUUCGGACGACGAGGACGGUGCCCAAGGAUCGUCGAGCUCAUCUAGUCUAUCUCUGCGGGACUUCAAGAAGGUCAAGAAUAUUUUUCACAACCCUGUCGGAGGAGCGGCUGAAGUAGCUACGGCGGUGGUGGCACCCGGUCAUAAUGAUCCUGAUGAUGGAUCGCGAGGUGUGCGAAACCAGCUGCGCGAUUACAAGGACCACCAUAAGCAGCUUCAUCGCAAACACCGGGGCAUUAUGCAGUUUCGGCCCGCGAGGGAGGCCAGCCACCUCGGCAGCAAGCUUAGUAGGCUAAAAGGUAAUAUUGGCGGAAUGUUCCACCACGAUGAGAAGGAGACCGGUGUUGAGACAGAAGUCUAAAGAUGUCAUAGUCUUAAUACGGCAGUCGGCAGGUUAGUGGCCCCGGAAGAAAUGAACGGAGGAAUACGGCUAUCACUUAUUAAUAAGCGUUAAUGGACGGCAAUGACUCAAUCAUAUGCUGCAGGAUGUCACAGGUGAAGGAUACUUGAAGGGUAGUAGGGCUGAGAACGAGAAGUUGCUGAUACAUUCUAUUGUACCGCGCCCUUGGAAUUACAGUCUCACUGGAGAUAAGCUACUACGUAGUAACAUGGGUAGAUCUGGAAUGCUCCUGUAUUGAAUUGAUUGGCCAAGUUCUGUGUUGAACAUCGCAUAAUUCUAUAUUUAACUAGACUGCGCAGCAUUUGGGGUGAGGUCCAGAUAACCUCCGCCGUCCGGCACUUUUCUGGAUGCGCGCUUUUACUAAUGCGUAAGAGGUAGGUAUCUACCUGGAAAUAUGGAGAAAUACCCGGGAAUGAACAAGUGUGUGUGUGGAGGGCGCUGAUGAGUGCUAGUAAAAUGACUUUGACACAGCACAACGUGGUG